GCUUUCAAAAUUUAUUAGAAGAAUAUUAGAAAUCUGUUAUUUUGAGUAUACUGCUUUUUUGAUUUGAUGCAGGUUUAUAGUGAGUUAACAUUCUAAAGGAAAAACACCUGAAGAUUAACAUAACUGCUUCAUUUAUAACCCACACAGAAGUCCCUUCUUCUAUGUUUUGUGAUUUUGUCAACACUUCACAUUGUCUACAGGGGACAAACACAGUCCUAUCCAAGUGUUGCAACAAAUGCAUCAGAUGGCAUAAUCUUGAAACAAAGAAUGUGGGUCUACUGCAUGAAAUGUCAAGUAAGGACUGCAUCUUUCUAAAUCUCCCAGGGAGUCUUCAGUUACUGCAAAACUGUGCCAGUGAGAAGAUUCAUGUUCAAGAUGUCACAUUUUCAUGCUAAAAAUAUCAUUAAGAUUAUUAUCCGUGAAAUUAUUGAGGAAUGUGCUAAUAAAGGACAACAGGUUUCUGAAACCCUGGUUGCUUUCAUUGUAAAAGCUGUUGUUUUGGAUCCAAGAAAUGAGUUUCAUGUUGACAAAAAGCUUACAAAGUAUGAUAUUCAAAACCUUAUCAACAUCUGUGUGUACAGGCUGCUGGACCAGAACAGCCCAUCACUAAAUACAAUCAAAAUGCAGAUUUAUUUUGACAUGAACUAUGCAGGUAGAAAUGAAUAUUUAAAUGAACACCACAUUGUGCUGGAGUCUAAUUUAUCACCUGUGAGUCGAGACAUAACAGACAUCCAUGCCAAAAACAGACAAGAACUUGAGGCCAUCUAUCAUAAAAUUGUCAGUUUUGUGCUUCUAUGUUCAGGCCUGGGAGCUUCAAAUGACAUUGAUACAGUGGUAGAAGCAACUGUUGCCCUACAGAGCGUAUUUCCCCGGUCUAUGCUGGCAAGUUUUUUGUCCCUCAAAAGAAAGGAAAAGGAACAGCAGCUCAGAGAGCUUACUAUGAUUGUUACUGGGAUACGACUGUAUAAUAAGGAUGUUGGAAAAGGUGGAGAAAGUAUUGAUAACCUGCCAGCAAUAUUAAACAAUGACAUCCCUACUACCAGCAACCAGCAUGAAGCAGAAAUGGAACUUUCCCUUAAUAUAGCUGAACGGUAUACCACCAUCCUUGAGAAACUUGAAAAUGGCGAUGUGAAUAAAGAUUUACAUGUGUAUGUGGACCUCCUGAAAGAAGCCCUUUAUAACAUUCAACAGCAUGUUGUUUUUUUGCGCCUGAUAACGUCUGAAAUAAUCACAUGUGCUCAGCAGGUAGAAUUCCUGCAGCAGAAAUUUGGGCAGCAAAUGGAAGAGUUAAAAUCAAUAGUUCAGGACAAAAUUGCAGUUCCUACAGCAGAUGUCUAUCCCCAUUUUAUAGCUCUGUCACACCUAUGGUAUGGAUUUCAAGGUGAGAUAGUGCUACUCUCAGUUUUUAACAGUAUAGCCACCAGUCUGAAGCCAUACCUCUCUUCCCAUGCGCAAAUAUUCUCAGAUAACACACUAGGACCCUUACUUGAAAAUCUAGAUGUAAAAACGAAUGAGCAGAGAGUAGAGGAGACCUCAAGUGACCGAAUUGACCCUAGUGAGUAUAAAGACCAUAACUGGCUGUUUCCUGAGACUACACAUAAUUUUGAUUCCCUGCCACUUCAGUUUGGGGGAAUCUGUGCAUACACUCUUAUUGAAAAAAAUGGUCUCCUGUUGAUGGGAAACCCUAAAAUAGGAAUUUUGAAACACAAUGACAAAUACUACAGCUUUAGCUCAAAGAAAGCAGCCAAGACCUUUGCUGAAAACCCAGAUAAAUAUAUUUGGCUAGUAAUAGAGAUGGCAAAACAACAUGCUGAGCUUAUUCAACUGUUGGAACUUCUGCAUCAGUUUGAACCUAUUACUCCUUAUACAGGGUCUGCUACCAUAACUAGUAGUACUACUACAAAUAAAGAGAAGGGUAUAGUGAGACUUGGUACAACAAGUGACAUCAGUGCACAAACAGAAACCCACCUAUUGCCAUCACAUAUUGUUAAGUCCUAUGAAUGGAAUGAAUGGGAACUCAGAAGAAAAGCCAUUAAACUGGCAAAUCUACGGAAUAAAGUAACUCAUUCAAUGCAAACAAAACUUAGCCAUCUAAGGAGAGAGAACAUAUCUCAGGUGUACUUACCAAAGCAGAAAGCUGCUCAAACCAAAAAAAUUAAUACAACUAAUGUACCCAAGAUUCAGGUUAUCCGUCAUGGCUUUUUAACAUAAGAUUACCACCAUGCUUAUGGGAAGACUAUGUCAGAAGAACAAAGUUGGAUUGUUAUAUAAUACAUACCAUAAUCUGAAUACCUCACACAUGGACUUCACUUGCACAGAAAUGUUAAACGUUUACAAAUGUCCAGGCUAAGAGACAGAAAGAAGUACUAUUGUGUUGG